GGGCGGACGCAAUUCAGAGCCAUGGUGCAGACAAUGCCUGAAAGUGUAGAGAAGCGCCUGACCAACAUCAUGAUGUCCUUCAUGUGGGGUGGGGAUGCGCACCCGCGCAUAGCACGGGAAGUGCUCUACAGGCCUAUAAACAAAGGUGGCCUAAACCUCCUUGACAUCAGGGCGAGAAAUGAUGCAAUUAACCUGAUGUGGCUCCGAACCUACCUUGGAAUAGGGCUGAAGCGCCCUGUCUGGACGCACCUGGCUGAUGCACUGCUGGCAAAGGCAAUCGCUUCGGACUCCAGAAACAUUGAGCCUGCAGCACGCGUUAACACCUUCCUGCAAACAUGGAAUGUUAGCACACGUGCCAAGGCGGGGCUGCCCCACUGCCUCAAAGCAAUGAUCAAAGCGGCCAAGAAAUAUGGUGUGUGGUGUCAAUCGAGCAAUCCAACCCUGGCCCUCUGCGAGCAACUACCUGUAUGGAGCCACAUUGGAAGGGAGGCGGGCCGUGUGUCUGAAAACUCCCCCAGCUGCAGGUGCCUGCGUGAUGCACACCAACUCCGUACUGUG